AUGUCGGCAGACCUUAUCCCGGCCAACCCGGCAGAUUUGAUGGUCAUCCGCAACGUCACGCCCAACGUUGCCACUUUCUCAGUGCCGUUUUCGCGAUUUGGCAGAAUCAAGAUUGGUGGUCGUGGCACACUUGUCAAGCUCACCUCCGGCAACCUCGCCGUCUUCUCUCCCGUCGCUCUCACAGAAGAAACCAAGGCCAAGGUGGCCGGAUUCGGCGGAAGCGUAGGCUACAUCGUAGCCCUCGACUUUGAACACCACAUCUUCAUUUCUGAAUGGGCCAAGCAGUGGCCCAAUGCCAAAAUCAUCGGCCCCGAGGGUCUCUUCGAGAAGCGCGCCAAGCAGAUUCAGGAUCCCAAAAUCAACAAUGAUAAAUUCCAUGUCGUAUUCACAAAAGAUGGUAAGCGCGACAUGAAAAUCAGCCACGAGUUUGAUGCCGAUUUCGACUACGAGUAUGUCGACGGCCAUGCAAACAAGGAACUCGUCUUCAACUACAGGCCAGACAAGGUUCUCAUCGAGGCCGAUCUCCUCUUCAACCUGCCCGCCACCGAGCAGUACAGCAAGGUGCCCGAGUCGCAAAGACCCGGUGGCUUUCUUGACAGGCUAUUCCGAGCGUUGCAGAACACCGAGGGAGAGGCGACCUGGCCCAAGCGGUUCAAUUGGCUUCUCACCAAAGACCACACCAGCAUGAAUGAGAGUCUUGCGACGAUUGCGAAGUGGGAUUUCACUACGCUGAUUCCCUGUCACGGCGAUGUUAUUCAAGGCAAUGCAAAAGAGGUGUUCAACAAGAUGUUCGAGUGGAAUUUGCACGGGAAGGCGUAA